AUGGGUGGUUCGGGCUGCACAGCCACGAAAGCUCAAUAUUUAGGGGAUGAACUCGAUGAUAUUGAACUUGCUACAGAGCUUUCUCUUACAGAGCUCGACGAAAACGGAAAGAAUCAUGCUCAUGGUGAUGACGACGAUGACGAACUUGCUAAAGCAAUAGAAGAGAGUCUUAAAUCUUCUAAAAAACAAAGGAUGUCUUCAAGAAUCGCAAACACCAACCCACGUCGGCCACGUAAUUUAAUCUGUGAUGCAUGUGACCAACUAAUCCAAGGUCCGCAUCUAAAACGUGAAUUCUGGAACCAGGUUUAUUGUUGCGAUCACACAACAGAUGGCACUCAUACGUGCUGCUCCUGCAAGCGAUUCGAGCCAAGAAAUGAAAAAUUCGUUAGCCUUGGUGAUGAUCAAAGAGAUGGUAGAAGAAUCUGCAAUGACUGUUUUUGUACAGCAAUCUUAGAGACACAGAGAAUUGAACCUCUUGUACGCUAUGUGCUGAAAUUUUUCGAUCAUUUAAAUAUGAAAAUAAAGGGUCCUGUUCCCGUCUUCACGGUUGAUAGAGAGGAGAUGAGGAGACAGACAGCAGGAGCAACGACUGUGGGACCUGUUCAUCCAGAUUGCACGGUACUUGGACUCACUAUGUGUUCAGCAAGAGACAUCACGAGUGUUGACAAGUCUCGGAUACAAGGAAGAAAAAUUGUUACAGAAAUGAAGACAUACCGUUUUGGCCGUGAAUACAGAAUAAAAAUACUAGUUUUGUUUGGCUUGCCCCUGAUUAUGACCGGAGGAAUCUUAGCUCACGAAUUUAUGCAUGCAUGGCUGAGGCUUCAAGGUGUGUCACAAUUGGACCCAAAAGUUGAAGAAGGGAUCUGCCAGGUGAUGGGUUACCGAUGGUUGGAUUGGUUUGAAGCAUUUGAUCCUGAGGCAUCAUCAAGUGCCAGUGAAAAGGCUCAGUUUAUGAGGAAUUUGAAGACAACUUUCAAAUGUGAAGUAGAAAACAUGCUAGAUGGUGCUUAUGGUGAUGGAUUCAGAGAUGCUCAAUGGGCAGUUUCAAGAUUUGGACUUGACUAUGUAAUUAGUUAUAUUAUCCGUCAUAAAACUCUUCCAAAAAAGUAA